CGGGACGCGGAGGCUAGCGCGCGGCGCGGUGGCGGUUUGGGUCCGGCCCUGGGGAAUCAUAUCAUGUCGCGCCCGAAGAAUCAAAAUUACAAGGGCCAUGGACUGUCAAAGGGAAAAGAGCGAGAGCAGAGAGCAUCAAUCCGAUUCAAGACCACUCUCAUAAAUACUCUCAUGGAUGUCCUUCGCCACAGGCCAGGAUGGGUGGAAGUAAAGGAUGAAGGGGAGUGGGAUUUCUACUGGUGUGACGUCAGCUGGCUCCGGGAGAACUUUGACCACACCUACAUGGACGAGCACGUGCGCAUCAGUCACUUCCGAAACCACUACGAGCUGACGCGCAAGAACUACAUGGUGAAGAACCUGAAGCGGUUCAGGAAACAACUGGAGCGCGAGGCCGGAAAGCUGGAGGCAGCCAAGUGCGACUUCUUCCCCAAAACCUUUGAGAUGCCAUGCGAGUACCACCUGUUCGUGGAGGAGUUCCGCAAAAACCCGGGAAUCACCUGGAUCAUGAAGCCUGUAGCCCGGUCCCAAGGGAAGGGCAUCUUCCUCUUCCGGAGGCUGAAGGACAUCAUGGACUGGAGGAAGGGCACCGCCGGCAAGAAGCUGACCAGCUUAGAGGCCCCGCCGGCCCGGAGCGCUGUCAAUCCCUCUGGCAGCCAUGAUGCAAGAAGUUCUGAUGACCAGAAGGAUGAGAUCCCUGUGGAGAACUACGUAGCUCAGCGCUAUAUCGAAAAUCCCUACCUGAUAGGAGGCCGCAAGUUUGACCUGCGCGUCUAUGUGCUGGUGAUGUCGUACCUCCCGCUUCGGGCCUGGCUGUACCGGGAUGGCUUUGCCCGAUUCUCCAACACCCGCUUCACCCUGAGCAGCAUUGAUGACCAAUACGUUCACCUCACCAACGUUGCUGUGCAAAAGACAUCUCCUGACUACCACGCAAAGAAGGGCUGCAAGUGGAUGCUCCAGCGCUUCCGUCAGUACCUUGCGUCCAAGCACGGGCCCGAGGCGGUGGAGACGCUCUUCAGCGAUAUGGACAACAUCUUUGUCAGGAGCCUGCAGAGUGUGCAGAAGGUGAUCAUCAGCGACAAGCACUGCUUUGAGCUGUACGGCUAUGACAUCCUCAUAGACGAGAACCUCAAGCCGUGGCUCCUGGAGGUCAAUGCAUCCCCGUCAUUGACAGCCAGCAGCCAGGAGGACUAUGAGCUCAAGAUCUGCCUCUUGGAAGACACCCUGCAUGUGGUGGACAUGGAGGCCAGGCUCACAGGAAGGGAGAAGAGAGUGGGAGGCUUUGACCUCAUGUGGAAUGAUGGCCCUGUCAGCAGAGAAGAGGGGGCUCCUGACCUGUCGGGGAUGGGGAACUUUGUGACCAACACACACCUUGGCUGCAUCAAUGACCGGAACAACCAGCUGAGGCAACUAUUCCGCUCCCUUCAGAGCCAGAAGAAAGCCUCCAGUUAGUCCUGGCAGCAGGGACAGCGACCCGCCCAGGAGGUGCCCCCCCCCAGGCUCCUCCCCACCCCCUUGGAACACUUGCCUCCCUCCCUCUGGCCUGGUAGCAGCAGCUUUGCGGGCUGGGUGGGCCGCUGCCUACUCGCUGUCUGCUGCCGCUUGUCUGGGUCCCCUGGAUGCCCCCGCCCCACCCCAGGCACCUCUGCACCCAGAGACAGCCAAUCCCUGGGACUGUGUUUUAACAUUGCGGGAUUGGCUUGGCGAUGAGGCCCAGCGAGGACAGCCGUGGCAAGCCCUACUACCCCAGAGAGACCACGUCUAAUAAAGGAACACAGGCCUUACUUGGAGUCACUGUGCCCUGGACCCCGGCUCAGGGGAUGCUGAUGGCUGAAGCCAAGUCCUCCCUGAUUUGACCAUUUGAUGUCUCAAAGGUUAAAAUGAUCCUUCAGGAGGAGGGGUUCAGGGGCUAGGGAACUGGUCUUAAGGUGUACUUGCAAAGCAAACAGUUAAUAGAUUGUGUUUAUUGGGCUCUGGGACAGGGCUGAGCCUUAAAUACAUCUUUGUCUCCUUUCAACACCCUGACCUGGUGUGUCAGGGAACUCAUGGAGCUCCCCUGACCAUCUGAAAACCAGUGGGCCAGAGCAUCCCCAUUUCUCAGAUAGACAAGGUAAGGAUCGGGAAGGCAGAGCUGCUUAGCGAGGGUCUCUGCAAAGGUGCACUCAUCUGAGUCAGAUGGGUGAUGGAAGUGCCUCUCUGCGUCUUCCUGGGAGCUGAGCUUUCAGAAAGCCUUGAUCUGGCAGGCAAGGAGAUGGCGUAGGGAGUUAGGUGAAAGUUCUGCGUUUUCUCCAUAUUCCCCAUUCCUAAGCCUUCUCUUCGUUUGAGAGAGAUUGCCACAGGGCAGGCUGUGGGUGAACCGCUCCAUGGGGGACCUGCUAUGGGACCAGGCAGCUCCCAUUGCAACUCUCCCUGCUGCGGGACAGCGCUGGCUGCAAAUAGCAGAUUUUGACUGCCUAGGGAAGGGAAAGGUUUUUGGAAGGAAAAAUACUGGCAAACCCCAGAAGUGAACCAGCCAGCCUUGGGAAGGCCAGAAGCCAGGCCACUCUGCGCCUCCUGCCUCCAGAGCGUGGGGACUUCCUUGCAUCCCUGUGACGGAGGUAAGACCACACAACCCCAGACACAGGCUCCUCAUUUCCAGGACAGCCAAUCUGAUUGGCUCUUUGGCCUAGCCACCACCCCACUAGACAGGCAGGGGCAACAUUCAAAUACGAGUCGUGAGCCAGGCCCACAUCCCAGGCACUACCACAGCCAUGUGUCCUUACUGCAACCUUGUGCUCCAGCCCUGCAGCUUCUGUCUCGGGAGGGAGCCAUGCAGUGUUUGCACACAAAAGAUCAGAUUAGACGCUAUCUGUCCACUUGCUUUUCUCACCUACUACAUCUUGGAACUUGUUCUCAGUCAGUGCUUAGAGAGCUUCCUUCUUGAUGACAUAUGUACCAUAUUCCACUGUCUGGAGCUAUCAGUUCCUUUAACUAGUCUACUACGGACAGACAUCUAGCUUCCAAUUCCACCUCCCCACUUCAGGGCCAUCAUAGGGAAAACGCAUGCUAUUUUCUACUUAAAAAACUCAAGGGGAUGCAAAAUCAUAGGUAUGGGUCAAAUUUGGCUUAUGUAAGGUAUUCUGUUUGGCCAACUUUAAAAACUUCUGCAUUAGCAAUAUUUAAAAGACAGAAGAUUCAACUUAAAAAAUCCAAAUUUCUAGCCCUUCUUGGAAAAAAACACAAAAUGUUAAGAUCUGGCCAUACCAGCCUAUGUUCCCAUAUCAUUAUCGUCUGGAGCCAAGUGGAGCAAGGGGACCAGGUGAGGCCACAGUCAUUGUUACUGCCUGUCGAGUCCUGCUAUCAUUUCCCAGCAAGAGCCACUGUCCCUUUGCAGGUGGUGUCCUCAAGGCAAUGUGCCCUCAAGUAAGGCUGAGAUGAGGUAAAGAACAGAAGCUACUGUUCAUUCAUUUAGGAAACGUUUGUUAAGCCCUCAAAGAACAUGAAAGACACAGUGCUGCCCUCACAGUACGUUCACCCCCGGAUCUGAGACCGCUGAGAGCGGGCAGGAACUCUGAGCAGUCUGGCCCGGGCCCUGCCUUCAGAGGUGGCGGAGGGCCACGUGAAGAGGCAGCUCCCUCCCCCAUCCGUGGUCCAGGACUCUGCAAGGCCUUCCUGACUAAACAGCAGGUGCAGGAGUCUGAAAAGCAGCACCCACGCUGGGCUCCAUCCCAGGGACAUGUAGGAGAAAAGGGCCAAAGUGGAGGCCGUGGUGGGGACUGGGGUGCGUGCCCCACGGAAGGCUGCGGUGAACUACGAAGCACCAAGAUUCCACCCUUCAUUCAGAAACCAUCUGUGAGCUGCCCGCUUUAUUCC